AUGUCGGCCGACGCCACACCCAUAACGGCCGCCCGCUUCGCAGCAGCCCUCGAGUCCCUCUCCGUUUCUUCGCUACACGCGAAAGCCGCCGAAAUUCGAAACAGUAUCAACCACUUGGAGAAGAGCAACGCCGAGCUAGAGGAGUUUGUACGGCAAGAGGAAGAUAAAGAUCUCUAUGAGGCAAUCCUAGAGAACCGGGAAGUGAUCAAGCGGAUGGAAGAGCGAAUCGAUUUGCUCAAGAAAGAAGUGACAGAGGUAAGGUGCUUGCCUUGGGAACCGGAGGAGGGGGCUAAGGCGUCAGAAGUCGGGGAGCGACCGAGCAACGGGGAGGGUAGCGCCACGAACGGUGUCAUCGGGGGGAGGGAGACGGACGCUACACAGGAGCGAACGAACGGGACUGGUCAGGCGGGUGCUGAUGAGGAAGAGGGAGUGUUCCUUUGA